AUGUCGUACUUCAGCUCUCAAUACUCUUCCUCUCCUGUCCUUACCAUGUCUCCCCAACAUGCCCACCAGUCCAUGGGCAUGGCAAGCUUUGGACACCACACACCAUCGCGAUUCGCACCUAUGCCAAACCAGUUUGCAGCCGCUCAGCCUGUACGACCCGCUGCAGCUGGCAGAAAGCGUUCUCGGGACGAGGCUUCUGACAACCUUGAGCCUGACAUCAAGUCCCUGCCCGUUGAGGAGCCUGAAGAAGAAUGGAUCUACGGCCCUGGCAUGACCCUCGUCAAAAAGAGCACCGGCUAUGUCAUGGAUGCGAGUAGCCAGUCCGGUACCUGGGUGGAAGAGAAGAAGGCUGCUGAGGAAGCCGCCAUCAAAGAGGCACGCUCCUUGAUCAGAAACCCCAAGCUGCAGCGUGUAUCUCCCACUUUGUCAAGCGAGCCUGUAACCAGCGCCUCUUCCCUCAAGGCCGAUGUCAAGCCUGCCACCGAGGGUCCCGUUGUUGACAACUUCACUCUUCACCUUGGCAUUGGCUGGCGAAGGAUCAGCGAACAAGAUCACAUUCAACAAGCCGCUCGAGGCUGGGCUCGCUACAUAGAAAACCACUUCCCCGUGUCCAACGCCAGAAUUCUUCUUGAGAGCAACGGCCUGCAAUCAUAUCUUGUGGAAGCCAACGAGGGGUUUUUCUUGUUUGCCGAAAACUUGCGACAAGGCCAGCUUGUGAGCCAGACAGCCGAAGGUGCCCUUCAAAACCUACAAUGCUCUCCACCUAUAUUUGAUGGUAUGGAGGUUCUCUCCGCCGCUGAGUCCCCUCGACUUGCCAAUACCGUCCCUGAUAUGGAUAUGAGAAUGGACUAA